AUGUUUAUCGGUGGUCUCAACUGGGAGACAACAGAAGACUCUCUCAAGAAUUACUUCACACAGUUUGGUGAGGUCAGCGAAUGCACGGUCAUGCGCGACUCUGCGACUGGCCGCUCGCGAGGAUUUGGUUUCCUUACCUUCAGAGACCCCAAAUGCGUCAACACCGUCAUGGUGAAAGAGCACUACCUCGACGGUAAAAUUAUCGACCCUAAGAGGGCUAUCCCCAGGGAAGAACAGGAGCGAACCAGCAAGAUCUUCGUUGGUGGUGUCAGCCAAGAAGCAACCGAGGAGGACUUUACGAAUUUCUUCAAGCAGUUCGGUCGUGUCGUCGAUGCCACACUCAUGAUGGACAAAGAGACAGGCCGGCCCCGUGGCUUCGGUUUUGUUACCUUCGAUGGCGAUGCAGCAGUAGACGCAACACUGAAACAACCGCUCCAGAUCCUAGGCAAGCCCAUCGAGGUCAAGCGCGCUCAGCCACGAGGCAACAUGCGAGACGGCGAGGACGACAAGAAGUUCGGCCGCAACAACAAGUUUGGCAACCGCGAUGGAGGUAAUGGUAAUGGAGGCUACGAUAACCAGAACAACCAGCAACAACAAGGCGGCAACGCCGGUAUGACACCUGCCAUGAUGGCACAGUACUGGCAGCGCAUGCAACAAUAUUUUCAGCAGAUGCAACAACAGCUUGCUACUGGCGGUGGCAUGCCGGCUGGUAUGGGCGGCAUGGGAGGUAUGAACCCGAUGCAAAUGCAGCAGAUGCAACAAAUGCAGCAGAUGCAGGGCAUGAUGGGAGGCGGCAUGAACCGCGGUACCGGCAGUCCGAAUCCGCAGAACAUGCAAGGUGGCAUGAACCCAAUGCAGAUGCAGCAAAUGCAGCAAAUGCAACAGCAGCAGAUGAUGCAGCAAGGUGGCGGCUUCAAUGGCGGCAACGAACAAGGUAUGAUGGGCGGCUCCCGUCCAGCGUACACAGCUCAAGAACAACUAGCCUUCGAACAACAAAAAUACGAGCAACAGCAAGCCCGGCGCCAGCAGCAGUCAGGUGGAUAUGGAGGUCAGGGAGGACCCACGAGCUGGGAAGGCAUGUACGACGAUGCCCCUCAGCCUAAUGUCCCAUCUGGCCCUGGUGGCGGCCGCGGUGGCUUCAAGCACCAGAACAACAAUCGCCAACGUCAAGGCUCCUCGCAGCCCCCUACCGGCCCCAGCGCCGCACCGAUCAACGCGCCUACGGGCCCCAAGAACGCCGGCAAGCCUGGUGCCAACUAUCGCGGCGGUGGUAGAACCAACAACUUCCGACACCAGCCCUACGGCGGCGGUCGCGCGUAG